AGUCAGACACAAUUUAAUUUCAAAAUGGCGCGGUGAUAUCGAGACGCAAUUGAUCUAGUCACAUUGAUGUUAGGAAAAAAAUUUUAUAAUCAUUUUCAAUUCAAUCAUUUACGUCUUGGGAAUUGACGCAAUCCUAGGGCAGAGGUUAUGACAUUAAAAUCGUGAAAUUGAAUGUAAAAAAGGGACGAGGUGUUUGAACGUUCAAUAAUUAAGUAAAUAUGCAGGAAAUUGCACUCGCUGCUUUUUCCGUUAUCUCAAGUCUUAUCAUUGUUUUCGUCUUAGUGCUGUUGGGUUGGUAUUUGGUUUGGAAAUUUUUCUUGUCCCGAUUCCGCUUCGUUCGUGAACUCCUCGGUGGAAUGAGUGAGUCCUCAUCAGUGCAUGAUCUCAAAAACGGUCGCUCUCGCAUAAAAAAGCUUCGCAAGGACUAGACAUCGAACG